CCGACGGUCACUAAAGUCCACUUGAAGGGCAGGUGACGAUUACAAUAUUUGUGCGCAGAGGUUUGGACGGCUGUUAAACAGAAAUAAUAUUUUAAUCGUCAUAUUACGAUAUUAUUAAAAAUAAUACAAUAGUGCGAGAUACAAAAAAAUUAUAUUGCUGACACGUUCUACUCACGGUCGGCGUAUGUUCUUAACUUUGUUUUUCAUUGCACAUAAUAUAGUUUAUACAUUGUUUGUAUGAUUAUUCUUUAAGUAAUUUUACAUGAAAAUCAAGGAUAAAAAAAAAAUUAAGGAUGUUAAUGCAAUCGCUAUUGCGAUGGUCGAUAUCUGUAGCCAUGUUAUUGGCACUGGUGUUGGCCGAGUCCAAUGGUCAAGCUUAUCAGGACGACGAUGGUACUUUGCUACAACCAAAGUCGACACAAUUCUCUACACACAACGGUUCCGCUUUGGUAUUUGCUAGUGACCGAAGUGAUGCAUCACUACAGGAUAAAGACAUUUUUCCUGAUUCGUGGGUCUCUGAUUUGUUUUACCGUGCAUUAGCCAAUUUCACAAUACACCGAGUGGGCAGCACCGCUUGCCAGCGACAAGUGGACAUGUACGUCAAACAUUUACGGAAUUAUACGGAUUGGGCUGUCAGAAUGCGAGAGUCUUGGAAUCAGUAUCCAAUUGGUAUAUUAGCAGGCAACAAAUAUCAUAUGGGAAUUUAUGAUGAAUGCGUCAAUGUACAUUAUCCAGUUAGGGGACAGUACUGUUUGCCUGAAAUAGAUUUAAUUCCGUCAAAGGGGAAAAAUUACAGCUUAGUCAAUGGAAUAGAAAACUUUAACGAUGCAAUUAACAAUAACGCAUGGAAAACAAUACUUGAGUGGGUCGAUACUCCGGAUCAAGUUAAACGAAACAGUUUGAGUUUAGGAAUAUGCAUACCAGAUUCUUGUUCGGCGUCAGAUCUACAGACAUCAUUGCAAAAUGAAUUGGAUAAGGUUUUUUUACCGGAAAAAUUCAAAGCUGUCGUUAAAUUGGACCCAAUAAUGUGUACUGUCAGUGGAGAUAUGUAUCCUUAUCAUACGGCAUAUUAUGUAACGAGCACAUUUUUUGCAAUACUAGUUUUAAUCUGUUGUGUUGUGACCGUCUUUCAUUUCAUACAGCUAUCGCGAGAACAAAAAAAAACAUUACCUGAUAACGCAUUCUUCCUUUCAUUUUCACUAAUCAAGUCUGGCAAACAAUUGUUAAAAUAUAAUAAAAACAACAAAUUAAAUGCACUGAAUGGUUUAAAAGUGAUCACCAUGAUAUUCAUUUUAUUCGGUCACAGAUUUAUGUACUUAGUAGGAAAUCCUAUCAACAAUCCUAUACUUAUCGAAAAUAUGUACCAAUAUGGACCAGAUAUUUUAUUGACUUGCAUGAAUCUAGUCGAUCCGUUUUUCUUCAUUAGUGGUUUUAUCAUGUACUUGACAGUCUCUCCGUUAUUACUAAAAACAGGAUCAAUAUGGACAAAGCUCAUAUCACCGAUAAUCUACCGAAUAUUAAGAAUGUUACCGGCUUAUUGUGCGAUGAUGGCUAUCACAGCUAAUAUCGUACCUUACCUUGGUGACGGACCACUGUGGCCUCAAAAAACUUGGAACGAAUCCGAGAUGUGUAAAAAAUAUUGGUGGAGAAAUUUAUUUUUUAUAAGUAAUUUUUUAGAUGUCAAGUAUGAAUGCCUCAUAGUGAGCUGGUACUUAUCGUGUGACGUUCAAUUCUUCAUAAUUGGAGUUGUUAUAGUUUAUGUUUACAUAAAAAACAAUAAAUACGGAAUUGGAUUGCUUACAACUAUGUUUAUUCUAUCAAUAUUCGUACCAUUUACAACGACGAUUUUAACGAAAAGUGAAGGAAUACUUAAAAUUCAUAUUCCGUUUUUAGAAAACCCUAGACAGUCUAUAACGUUUAAUAGAUUUUACAGAGCAAGUUACAUGCGAUCCACGCCAUUUUUUACUGGAUUAGCAAUGCAUUUUAUUAUCAAUAAAUUAAACGAGAAAAAUAUAAAACCUUCCCUGAUUACUGUCUACGGUGGGACGAUGAUCGUAACCGUGGCCAGUUUGUGGAUUCAGUUUUACGGGGCAAUAUUUUAUAAGAGACAUAGGCCCCAUUAUCCAUUAGAAAAUGCCUUAUAUUUUACUUUAAGCCAUUGUACGUGGGCGAUGAUAGGUGUGUGGAGCUUUGGUUGCCAUUUCACAAGUGGUUACGGUCUUUUAUCAAAAAUAUUUGACAACAGAUUUAUAGUACCUUUAGGAAGACUUUCAUACUGUGUUUUCUUGGUGAAUUUAAUCGUUAUGAUGGUAUCCCAGAGUUCACAAAGAUUACCUACUUUUCUAUCAAUAAAAUCAGCGAUCGAUGUAUGGAUAUACGAUACAUUUAAAAGUUAUUUAAUGGGCCUAGCAUUGUAUUUGAUCGUAGAAGCACCAUUUGGAAAUUUAAUUAAAAAAAUAUUUCAUGGAAAUAAAAAGAAAAACUUGUCUAUAGAAAAAGAAAAACCAACUGAAAAAAUUUCAAAAAAAGCUGUGACUCAUCUAUAAUACCAAAACACAAUACUUAGAGUGACGAAUAAAAAAAAUUGGAAAUAUCCAACAGAAAAACUAUUUAAAGACUUCAAUAUCUUCAAUAUAGAACUUUUAUAUCUAAUUCUAAUAACUAUUAUCAUGUAUCUAAAAUAAUACAAUCAGUUUAAACUUAUAAAACAUGGGGUCAAUACUAGAUACCUAUACGGAUAGUAAUUUUCAAUUAGACUAAUCUUCAAGAAUUGCAUAAUAAAAAAUAUUAUAUUUCCUAUAAACUUAGAUACUUAACGUAAUGCCAAUAGUGAUAUGGAUAAUAUGCCGCUUCCUCUCUUCGAAAAAAAAAAAUUCCCACUGGCUUUGAUAUGAAUAUGAUGCUAAAACUAAAUAUAUGUAACAUACUAAAUAACUUUUGUAACUUGAAUUUAAAAUUAUUUAUUAUGUUUAUAUGCACUUAUUAUGAUAUGUUCAUUAAGAUUAUUUUAAAAUUAAGAUAACCAUAGGAAUCUUUACAAGUUUUUCAUUGUGAGGAUCUGUAAUUUUUUGAUAUUAGGUAACUAAUCGUGUAACGAGAUAUCGUUACUCAAUAAUUAGCGUUUACUAUUCGAUAACUAUCGCGCUAACUGUGACCAUAAUAUUGCCAUCGCUGUGGCCAUCAUUGGCAGACCUCAUUUACAUAGUUACUAAUUAAAAUUGAUCAUUAUGAAUACUAAUGAGAUAGAUCCGAAACCUCGAAGGACCACCAGAUCUACACAAAUUACUAAUUCAUAUAAGACAGUGCAUUAAUUUAUUUUGAAUUAUUAUCGUUUUAAUUCAU